AAAAAAAAAACACUCGCCCAGACAGACGCUCCAUAACGUUAGUCUUUAGUUUUUAAUUUUUGUAAUAACAUUAUUUUAUUCUAGAUCUAAGAAAGCUUUAUAUUGAAUUUAUAAUCUAAAAAAUAGUUCAAGCAUGGGUGGAGAUCAUCACGGAGAACACCACCACAAGACAGUGAUUCCUGACUACCGAAUCUACAAAGUGGAGGACGCACCAGAGUUGGUCAGAGUCCAGAAGGAGUUGGCCAAAUUAGGCCUCAAGGACCCAUGGCUCAGGAAUGAAGUUUGGAGAUACAAUCGUAAGGAGUUUGGCACCCCGAGCUCAAAGAUGUCAGCUAUGUUUUCCAAAGGUUUCAAGUACGGUUUGAUCCUAUUUGGUAUCACAACUGCUAUUGAGACAGCUGCCGACUUUUUGAACCCGAAGAUGCCUCAUCAUGGUCACCAUUAAUCUGUGUAAUGUUAGUAUAGUUGAAUAAAUCUUGUAUAGUUGCUGUUGUAAAA